UCAUCAUCACAUUCUUUUCGCAAGAUAAGCUCGAGCCUACGCAACGAAAAGAAAACGCACCACACAAACUCCAUCCUCACCCUGAUUUCAUCUAAAUCAUCAAUGACAUUCUCUUCCGUGCCGACGAUGAAAAGAACCAGGGAUGACUAUGAAAGGAUGAGCUUGGACAUGGCGAAAUGCCUCAUGCUUCUCUCCCAUGGGGUCAACACAAACCCUAGAAGAGCCGCCGUGCAUCACAACGAGGACAACUUCGUGUGCAAGACGUGCAAUCGGCGGUUCUCUUCAUUUCAGGCUCUUGGCGGCCACCGGGCAAGCCACAAGAAGCCAAAGCUGCCGGAGAACAAGCCGGAAGACUGCACCAAGUUGGCGUUGGGCUUCACAGCGAAGCCCAAGAUGCAUGAGUGCUCGAUAUGCGGGCUUAAGUUCCCUUCAGGGCAAGCCUUGGGCGGCCACAUGAGGAGGCACCGGACCGAGUUGAUGAGCGGGAACAUGAUGAAGAUGGACGAAUUUUUCGUGAUUGGUUCGACAGUCCCGGUGUUGAAGAGGUCGAAUAGCAGCAAUAAGAGGGUUAUGGACCUGGACUUGAACUUGACUCCUCUUGAGAAUGACCUCAUGUUCUUGUUUGGCAAGAUGGUUCCGAAGAUAGAUCCCUUGCUCCUGUAAUUAUGAUUCCUCAUUCUCCCGUUGUUUUCACGAGGAGUUCUACUUUAGGUUGAUUAUUUAUUCAUUCAUUUGUUGUACAAAAAGAAAGUCCUAUUUGGACCGACUGUGUUUAUGGGCUUUUGUUAAUCAUCCGAGAUUUCGAGUUCAAUCAUUCUUUUAUCUCUUUUUCGUUUUUUCUUCCA